CUGGCAAAGAAAUACCACCCUGAUACUAAUAAGGAUGACCCAAAAGCUAAAGAGAAGUUCUCUCAGCUGGCAGAAGCCUACGAGGUAUUAAGCGACGAAGUGAAGCGGAAGCAGUACGACGCGUACGGCACAGCCAGCUUCGAUGCCGGGGCGGCUGGCGCCGGCGCUGGCGCUGGGCGGCAGUACUGGAGCACUGGCCCAUCGAUUGAUCCGGAAGAGCUUUUCCGAAAAAUCUUUGGGGAGUUUUCGGGCUCCCCUUUUGGCGACUUUCAGAAUGUCUUCGACCAGCCGCAGGAGUACAUCAUGGAGCUGACAUUCACCCAGGCUGCAAAAGGCGUCAACAAGGAGAUUGUGGUGAACAUCAACGACUCCUGUGAGCGGUGCGGUGGCAAAGGACACGAACCUGGCACCAAAGCGCAGCGCUGUCACUACUGCAGCGGCACCGGCAUGGAGACGAUAAAUACCGGCCCUUUCGUCAUGCGAUCUACGUGCCGACGGUGUGGCGGUCGUGGUUCCAUCAUAACGACACCGUGUGUGGUGUGUCGAGGAACAGGGCAAACCAAACAGAAGAAGACAGUGAUGGUUCCCGUGCCAGCUGGCGUUGAGGAUGGGCAGACAGUUCGGAUGCCUGUGGGGAAGAAAGAGAUUUUCAUUACGUUCAGGGUUCAAAAAAGUUCUGUGUUCCGAAGAAACGGAGCAGAUAUCCAUUCAGACCUCCUUAUUUCAAUAGCUCAGGCUGUCCUGGGAGGCACAGCCAGAUGUCAAGGCUUGUACGAGACAAUCAAUAUCACAAUACCGCCUGGUAUUCAGCCAGACCAGAGAAUUCGGAUGAGCGGGAAAGGCAUUCCCAAGGUUAACAGUUACGGCUAUGGAGACCACUACAUUCACAUAAAGAUAAAAGUUCCUCAGAGGCUGACGGAUCGCCAGAGAGCCUUAAUGAUGAGCUACGCCGAGGAUGAGGCAGACGUGGACGGCACAGUGAACGGGGUCACAAACACAGCGUCAGGGAAGCGUUCUACUGGGAACUAAGAGCCAAUGGCAGCAGAUCGUCUUUGCAGUCAGGAAUGAAUCCUUCUGGCAGUGGGCUCCGGAGAGCGAAGGAUGCCAGCGAGCAGCAGCACAGUGAGAAUCCCAGCUGGAGAGGCUACAGACCACUGAGGCACCAACCAUCAUCAGGAGACAAAACCCACCCACCAUCCUAGGAAACGGUAAUGAAGGAAAAUGCCAGCUUGGCAGAAAUGCGGCGUGCUCUCGAGGUUGCUC